AUGGCUGCUACCGGUGACCUGUACAUGGGCUUCGACCUCUCGACACAGCAAUGUAAAUGCCUCGUUGUCUCAUCCGACCUCAAGCUAGCACACUCGGCGACCGUCGACUUUGACGCCGACCUCUCCCAUCACGGCAUCAAGAAAGGCGUGCUCCGCAACGAUGCCGAAAAUGAAAUCUUCGCGCCCGUGGCCAUGUGGCUCGAGGCGCUAGACCUGGUACUCUCGCGGCUGCAAGCGGCCGGCCUCGACUUCAGCCGCGUCAAGGGCGUUGCCGGCGCCGGCAUGCAGCACGGGACGGUGUUUUGGGGCCCCAAGGCCGAAGAGGUCCUGGGCGGCUUGCAGGGCGGGAAAGGCCUGUCUGAGCAACUGUGCGGGCCUGGCGGCGAUGACGAAGAGUGCGUCCGCAUGGGCGUGUUUAGCCAUGCAUAUAGCCCGAAUUGGCAAGACGCCAGCACCCAGAAGCAGUGCGAGGAGUUUGAUCUGGUUCUGGGCGGCCCGGAGGAGCUGGCCAGAGUGACGGGGAGCAAGGCCCACCACCGUUUCAGUGGCCCUCAAAUCAUGCGGUUCCGCCAAAAGUACCCCGAGUACUACAAAAACACGUCGCGCAUCUCGCUCGUGUCCUCGUUCCUCGCGUCCGUCUUCCUCGGCCGCGUCGCCCCCAUCGACAUCAGUGACGUCUGCGGCAUGGACCUGUGGGAGAUUUCCAAAGGCGCCUGGAACGAAGGGCUGCUCUCGCUGGCCGCGGGCGGAAAGGCCAAUAUGGCAGACCUGAAGCAGAAGCUAGGCCACGUGCCAGAGGACGGGGGCGGCAGCUUCGGCCCCAUCAGCCAGUACUUUGUCUCGCGCUACGGCUUCAACAAGGAAUGUGCCGUGAUCCCCUCGACGGGCGAUAACCCGAGCACGAUGCUCGCGCUACCUAUGCGCGAGGGCGAUGCCAUCGUCUCCCUUGGCACCAGCACCACCUUCCUCAUGAGCACCCCGCAGUACAAGCCGGACCCCGCAUACCACUUCAUGAACCACCCGACCACAGCCGGGCUGUACAUGUUCAUGCUGUGCUACAAGAACGGCGGGCUGGCACGCGAAAAAGUGCGCGACGCACUCAACGCCACCACCAACAGCGCAGACAGCAAGUCCUGGGACGCCUUCAACGCGACCGCACUCUCAACGCCCGUCCUCGGCCAAGCAGACGACACCGCCCCAAUGAAGCUGGGCCUGUUCUUCCCGCUCCCAGAAAUUGUGCCCAACCUGCGCGCAGGGCACUGGCGCUUCAACUACUCGGCGCUGAACGCCAACGCCGCGCUCCCCAACGCGCUGGAGCCCGUAACGGCGGACUCGGCGGCGUGGGGCGGCGCGCCCGCCGACGCGCGCGCCAUCGUCGAGAGCCAGUUCCUGAGCUGCCGGCUGCGGAGCGCGGGGCUCGUGUCCGCGCAGACGGACCCAGCCAGCGGCGCGGCGCUGCCACCACAGCCGCGCCGCGUCUACCUCGUUGGCGGCGGCAGCCAGAACGCCGCCAUCGCCGACUUGUGCGGGCAGGUGCUUGGCGGUGCCGAGGGCGUCUACAGGCUGGAUAUCGGGGGCAAUGCGUGCGCGCUGGGCGCGGCGUAUAAGGCCGUGUGGGGGGUUGAGCGGGGCGGCGAGUCGUUCGAGACGCUGAUUGAGAAGCGCUGGGACGAGGCGGGCUUCGUCAAGAAGAUUGCGCAGGGCUAUCGCAAGGGCGUGUGGGAACGGUAUGGCGUUGCUGUUAGGGGUUUUGAGGAGGUGGAAAGGCGCGUGCUGAGGGAGGAGAGGGCCGGGACGGGCAGGAACGACGUCGGCGAGACGGAGAUGGGCAGUGCGUUGUCGAGGGGGAGGGAUGAGUAG